UUAAAAUGACGAGUCGAGCGUAUUUUAUUUUGGCGAGUCAGGCCGGAGGUGGAAGCGCGUUUAUGUGCGGCUGUCCUUCGCUCGUAUUUCAUCUGCGGGGAGAGAAGGCACUCUUCAGACUGGAGGAAGGAGGCUCUGGUGGAAACUCAAAGGACAUGCGGCGUCUUUUGCAAACUUUUCUGCAAACCAGGCGUUCUCCGAGCUGAAGAAGAAGAAGAAGCCGAAGGGUGAGGAAUGAACUGAAGAGGAAGAAGAAGGAGAGAGAAGAGGAGGGGGAAGAAGAGCCGUUCACUCCCAUUGAUCCUUGUAUCGAGGUAUUGAUUCAGGCCUGGCUUUGAAAUAACACAGCAGAGAGCUCCUGCUGUAAGGAUGCAGGCUGCCCCUGCUGCUGCAGCUGCGGCUCUGACUGCGCUGAGUGUUUUGCUCACCCUCGACUGCCUGUCGGCUCAUCGGCCCCCGAACAACCAGAUACAGCAGCAGACUGACGAGACGGCGCAGAAGAAGAAGAACCAGCCGCACAUCGUAUUCAUCCUCACCGACGAUCAGGGUUUCAAUGAUAUCGGUUACCACAACCCGACCAUCAAGACUCCCACUCUGGACAAACUGGCAGCAGAGGGCGUGAAAUUGGAAAACUACUACGUUCAGCCGAUCUGCACGCCGUCGCGCAGUCAGCUCAUCACCGGCAGAUAUCAGAUCCACACGGGAUUACAGCACUCCAUUAUCAGACCCAGACAGCCCAGCUGUCUGCCCUCGCACAUGGACACUCUGCCUGAGAGGCUUCGCGAGGCCGGCUACGCCACACAUAUGGUUGGCAAGUGGCACCUGGGUUUCUACAGGAAAGCGUGUCUGCCCACCAGAAAAGGUUUUGACACUUUCUUUGGUUCGUUAACCGGAAGUGUGGACUACUACAGUUAUGAAUCGUGUGACGGCAAGGACUUGUGUGGCUACGAUCUCCAUGACGAUGAGGGCGUAGCGUGGGGCCACGAGGGGAAAUACUCGACCACGCUCUUCACACAGAGAGCUCGCAAGAUCCUGGAGAGUCACGACCCUGCAGAGAGGCCGCUCUUCCUGCUGCUGUCCUUCCAGGCGGUCCACACUCCUCUAAAUCCUCCAGAGUCCUACAUCUACCCCUUCCGGGACAUGGUCAACGUCCCCAGGAGAAACUUCGCCGGCAUGGUUUCCACGGUGGACGAAGCGGUCCGAAACGUGACCUACGCCCUCAGAAAGUACGGAUACUACCGAAACAGCGUCAUCAUCUACUCCACCGACAACGGCGCUCAGCCUUUCACAGGCGGGAACAACUGGCCGCUGCGGGGUCGUAAGGGUACAUAUUGGGAGGGUGGAGUCCGCGGCGUGGGGUUCGUGCACAGCCCUCUGCUCAGGCGCAGGAGACGAGUCUCUAAAGCUCUCAUGCACAUCACAGACUGGUUCCCUACACUGGUGGGCCUGGCCGGAGGAAACAUCAGCCAGAGCCAGGGCCUGGAUGGUUUUGAUGUUUGGCCCGCCAUCAGUGAAGGGAGGGAGUCGCCCCGUAAGGAGAUCCUUCACAACAUCGACCCUCUGCACAAAUCUCCAAUUGAAAAGAAGAACCAGGACGAGGAAAACUGGGUGAAAACUUUAAAAACCAAAGUUUUAAAGAAGGUGAAGAAGAAGAAGAAGGUUCUGAAGAAGCCACCAAAACAAAAGUUAGCCUUCAAAACAAAGACCACCAAGAAACCUCAAACAUUUUCCCAUCAUGCCUCUAAGCCUAAAUCUAAGCCCCUCUUCAAAAAGAAGCUCAAGCCUCGCCUAAAAUCAAAACCCCCACCUAAAGCUAAGAAGACCAAAGCCCACACUUGGGACCGGCCUCUGCCCAAUCACAGACCGCAUCCAAAGAUCGGUGGCACUUCGUCAGGGUCUGGAACAUCCCGUCCUAAAUCUCCGCCUCCGAUCCAAACCCGUUUGAAAACAAAAUUCAGGAGGACCACGUCCCAGAACCAGAACUUGUCACAAUCAAGCCGGCCAAAAUCCAAGACGCUCAAACUACAUUCAAAAUCAAAGUCCAAGCGGACAUUUUUCCCAUACCAGAACAGAUCCCAACCUGGAAUACCACUGAUCAAAUCCCAUCCAACCCUCCAGUUCGGGCUGGAGUCACUACAGCCGGUGUGGGACACUUCAGUCCAGGCUGCCAUCAGAGUUGGAGAUUGGAAGCUACUGACAGGUGAUCCAGGCCACGGAGAUUGGGUCCCCCCACAGAUGCUUCCCACCUCUCUACCCGGUCGCUGGUGGAACCUCGAACGCUCGAUACUUUACCAGAAAUCCUCCGUCCACAAAAACAUCUGGCUGUUCAACAUCACGGGCGACCCGUACGAGCGGCACGACCUGGCAGACCAGAGGCCAGAUGUAGUCCAGCAGCUGCUGGCCCGGCUCGCCUACUACAACCAAACAGCCGUACCGGUUUACUUUCCACCCGACGACCCCCGAGCCAACCCGAGCCAGCACAGGGGAGCGUGGGUGCCAUGGGUGGAGGAGGAGGAGGACGAAGAGGGAAAAUAUCAGGGAGUUUACAAGAAAAGUAACAACAAGAUGAAGAAGAAGAAGAAGAAGAAGUGCAUGCUGUGCAAUCUGCAGUCGUUCUUUUUGAAGAUGAGCGAGGGGACCGUGUCCAGUCGCAUCUGAGGUGUCAGCUGAAAUUUGCAUCAAAGACUUGAAAAUUAAUAAAUCUUAUUUUUUACUUUCAUGUUUUCACAACUUUAACAUAUUCAAGUUCUGUUAUUGUGAAAAACUUCUCUUUCAGAGAUACGUGACCGUUAUUUGUUCGUACAUGCAGCUUAUUCGCCGCCAAACGUGAUCUGAUGUUUCCAGCUGGACCGUCCAGACACAUGAGGCUCUUUUCACCGAGAUUUAAAGGGUCAGUCCACUCAAAUCACAAAAAGACGUUACUUAUGCUGCCUGCAGACAUCUGAAAUCAUACCACUAAGAUCAUGAAAUCUUUGUCGUGAUUUGGGUGAACUGGCCAUUCAUCAGGUGGUUCUAACCCCUGAUCUCUGAGUCGGUGAACGCUGGUUUGUUGUUUUACAGAUUUGUCAACCGAAAACUGACAGAGGUCCUCAUACAAGGCCCGACACCGAGUGGCAGUGAGAUUUGUUUUGACACUGUAAAUGUAGCAGAUCAAUUACAAUAAGAGACUUGAGUAAAUAUAUAGAUUUACAGGUUUCAGUGUACGUUUACACCCUUAAUUCACUCCACACAGCCAAAUCAGGGUUUUAAAGGGACACUUCACCCAAAAGUCACUUUCAUACAUUCGGUGUAAAAUUUUGCAUAACUCGCUUGUCUGGGUGUUUGCCAAGGCUUAAAGUUGGCGUGGCUGUUUGGACUCACAGACGUGCCAACAUGUGCAGCUGUCUGCGAGGCCUCACCUCGGCUAAUUGGAGUCGCUGAACUGGACCUCGAGACUAUAUUUGUGCUUUUAGAGCGUUUUUAAAGCAAUUAUCUGAUAAUAAUCUACUAAGUGGUAUCGGCCGUCCAACAAAAGUUUGUGCUUCAGUUUUUAUUUGCCUUUUACUCAAAUCUGCAUCGUUGAGUUGGAGCCACACUGUUUAUUGAUGCAGCAGCUCUUCUUCACACUGCACAGAGCAGAAGAGGAGGGGCAGGAUGUUAGAUAGAAGAACGUUAAUUUCCCCACCCCAAAAAGUCCCGUACAGACUAGACACUGCCUCUGAAAUGCUCCUGUAUUCAAACCCGUACAAAGAAUAACACAUGAAACUCACCCGGUGUUUGUCUGGAGUAAUGAUACUGUAGCUAGCUGCUUGCUUUGCUUGGUACAUAAGUUCAUGUGAUUUGGGGUGAAUUGUUCCUUUAAACAAAUGUUUACAUAUUACAGUGGAAGUGUGUAAUCAUGACACAGUGUCAGAAAGUUUUAUUGUGUAAUUUGAAUAUACUUUCACGUUUUUUGUGACACAUUCUCGUGACUUUGAUGGUUUUGUCUCACUUGGACUUUGUCUGUGUUGCUGGGGCUGAAACGGGCCUCUGUCAGUUUCAGUGCACUGCCACUGGCAAGCUUUUCACUAUGAAUUUAAAGCAUUUCACAGCACCUUUAAGUUACUACUGUGAAUAUCAGAAACCUCUUACUUCACACACACAGCACCAACGCAUGUCACUGACAAUAUCAGUAAACCAAACUGUCUGAUUUUAAUUUUCUGUAAGGAACAAUUCCACUUCCACUAAUGUGAAACUUCAGAUUUUUAUUCGUCUUUUUUGAAAGCACAGCAGAGGAAGUAAAAAAGUCUUACAGCGGCCUGUUUUGAAGUCGGAUGCUGGUUACUUGAGAGAGAGAAAGACACCUAACCUCGAAAUAUUUCUGUGUAUUUGCUCAAAAACGACCAAACCACGGCUGCAACAGUGCGCAUCAGUGUGAGCGAGGAGCAGAGCGUUCCCGAGAAACAUUUUAAAUGCACGUUGGAUUUCUCCACCCUGGGUAAAUAAAGGUGAAGUCAAAUGAACCUUUGUCCUUCUAUGUUUACUGGAAACAACGGCGAGGGUAUGUAUGUUCUCAUAAAAUGUUGUUGUUGUUGUUACAGAUGGGUGGGUUUUUUUUUUUUGUUCUUUAGGGCAAGUAAGCCAUUCGUGUUCAUCAGGAAAACUCUUCAUUUGGAAUGCAGGCUAUUAAAAUGAUUCAAAUUUGAUACACUAUUCACUUAAAGUGUUUAUAUUUUAAGUAAUUAAAUACAUUUAAAAUGCUUUUGUUGCAUAAGAUGAAAAGACGUGUACAUGCAUACGUAUUUUUCAAUAUUUCUCUGGGAUUCUUAUCUUUGCCCUCCAAAUCAAGUCAAACCCAAAUGAUUUUGAGACUCGAGCCUUCUGUUGUUGUGCAAAUGCUGAUUGUUUAAAUUAGUAAACAAAUAUUCAAAUCUUCAAGAAGCAGAAAUAUGCCUUGCAUUUGGUCAUUCACGAGAAAGUCGUUGCGCAAAAUCUGCAUAACCGCUAGGUGGCGCCAAACAUUAAUAAUCCUGCAGAUGCAGCACAGACUCCUUUCUCUUGCUCACACUCACAGACACACUUGGGGUAAAAUAGGAUUUUCCGCGCUGCCUUCCUACUUCACACUGUUUCCGCUGAGAAAUAAUUUAAUUUGGGGCUCCUUUGAUCCCUGAACACAGCUGGAUUGAUGUAAUCCUCUGGGAUUAAAUCUGACUCUAACUCAUGAAGCAGUUUAGGCUGUGAUGCUGCUGAAAAGCUGCAAGGUUGACGUCCACAGUCACUUUUAGUACUUUAAGCACUCAAAACACAGAAAUUGCUUCAGUUCAUUUACAGAUUUAUGAUUCAUUCAGUAAGGAAAACCUCACCCCCAUAAAAAAAAAUCAGAAAUAGCUCAACCAUAGCUUCAGUCCAGACCUUUGUGUUGACUUAACUAAACAUAAAUUAGCCUGCAUCUGAAUUUAUGUGUAUGUGAAACAAGCUGCACGACACCCAAGUCUGUAACAGAAAUAUGGGUCUCAAAAUUAUCAACCACUUAUGGCUGCAAAUAUGUGAACUUUGUUCAAAGCUUUUUGUUAAAGUUUGUUCAGUUUUCAAGAGUUUUCUCCAUCAGUAUAAACUAAAACUAUAUUUAAAUAAUAAUCUAAAGCCCUUGUUUUUCUGUUAUAGGUCUCUCACUGUAGCUGGUGGUAGUGAAAUUAAGGAAUACGAGGGGAAAAUGUGUUAAAAUUUGAGUGUCUGCCCAAAAAAAUGUUCCAGUUAUGUUUCAUCCAAAGAUCUGAACCUUUUUCAGUUUGGGCCUGAAUGGAUGUUUAUACCAGGGAUGGAGUUUCGAGAGCGUCCUCUGCUGCUACAUCACUAUCUGGUACGGGAACUGCAAAAGAAGUCUCUGCAGCGGAUAGUGGGGACAGCACAGAGGAUCACCCUCUCCCACCCAUCUCCCAACUCUACAACAAACACAUCAUCUGACAUGCGAACAACAUAGUGAAGGACACUUUCCACCCCUCACGUGUGCUGUUCUCCCUCCUUCCAUUUGGCAGACGGUUUCGCAGCAUCAAAACCAUAACGACCAGGCACUGCAAGAGCUUCUUCCCCCAAGCAGUCAGAGCCCUCAGCUCACUCCCACCAAAGGACUGAUACACACCUUUACAAACACCUUACAAAAGACUCAAAAACAACAAAAACUUUCACAAAUCCACUACAAACUGGACCUGAGAACAAUAUGCUUACUUGCACACUCAGUCACAUUACUGAGCACACAUCUAAACUAUACUAUAUUUGCACAUUUUGCAUCUUGCACAUGUCUUCGUCCUCACUCGUCUACAAUAUCCUGGUAAUGACUUGAACCUGGUAUUCAAUACCUACUGCACAAUCCCCUUUGUAUAGUCUCGGUCCUGUCUUUGUUUAUUGUACAGUUAGUAUUGUAUAGUUAUCAUUAUAGUACUGUAUAGUACGGUAUAGUUAGUAAUUAGUACCUUUUUAGCCCUUAAUUCUACUGAAAUUUAGCAUGUUAAUUAUUUGUAAUUCCUAGUUUUAUAUAUCUCUUGGAGAUAUAUCUUUUAUACACUUAUAAAUAUAAACAGCAUACUGUGUAUACUGCUGU